UGUUGUGUGUUUUGACAUGCCUUCUUUAAACCCAUUUUUGUCUCUGAUUAACUUGAGGGGCGUGCCAGGAGAAGGCUGCCAUUCAAUAUAAAUGGACUCGAAAAUUUGACUUUAGGCAGUGCAGUUUAGUAGGCAAAACCUAGAACUCCUGCACUCUUGAUUGAGAAUAUCAUCAAAGCGGCAUCAGAAUGUUUGUCUUGCUCUGCAUCAUGCUUUUGGUGGGAUCUGCCAGCUCCCAGUGGGAAGAUGACGACUACUCAUUUACUGCUCCAGUCGGAGGGCAACGUGGAUCAACUUAUGCCAUUCAGCGUCCUGGAAGAAUUACUGGCAUUCGAAUGUGGGAAAAUUAUAACAACUACAUAGCAGGUAUCCAGCUCCGCUACGGCUACUCCUGGAGUGACAUUGUAGGCCGCGCAAGAGGUGCAGUUCAAGAGAUGUUAUUGUUUGAAAAUGAGGCCAUUGUGCAGCUCUCUGGAAAACACAUCAACUGGGUGUACUCUCUGGCGUUUACUACCAACAUGGGUCGUUCCCUGUAUGCUGGCCAACCUCGUGGGUACUCAUUCAACAUGUACCCCCACAGCAAAAAGGCUGAACUUCGCUUUAUCAGUGGUCGUCAGAGCAGCAGCAUCGUCUCCAUUGGGGCACACUGGGGAGUUGUGACUGACCCUAAUGCCAACAGUAACAGUACUAAUACUUACUAGUUAUCUUUCAGAUAACAAAUAUUUCAAUUUCAUCAAAUGAAAAUGUGUGCUUAACUGUUUUGCAUCUUAAUUACACCUGUUCAAAGUGAACAAGAAUCAAGCCUAUAUAUCUCUGGCUUCAAAUGUGAAUUUUAUCUCAUGAUUUUGUUUAGUAUGAUACUUUGAAGAUGAUUGAACAUUAGCAACCAGACUGUUAAUGUAAUAAAAACUGCAUUGUUUGUAAUGCUUUUUAUACCAAUAAAUUAUAAGAGAUUACACUGUCAUUUACCAUGAACUCAUUCACUCCCAGCCAUUUUCACCGGAGCCAGGCCCUUCGCUCCCGG